AUGACUUCAGUCACACUGCUUCUUUUGUUGAUCACUGCUCUGUGGCUGAACGUUAACUCACUGUCUUCCCCUACUAAUGCGCAGCCAAAGAGACAGCGCAUUCCUGUCUUGCAGUAUCAUAACUCUUGGGUUUGUGUUGAUAAGCCUUGUGGAUUAACAGUACAUCGAUCCAAGGGGACCCCCAAGCACGUCAAAGUCCUCACCACAUCCGUCAAACGACAAUUGGCUCGAAAGGUCUUCCCUGUGCAUCGGUUAGAUCAUCGAACAUCUGGAGCAAUGUUGUUGGCCUUUGAUUCUGAAACGGCAGGAAAGUUGCACGAUGCUGCCAUUCGCAAGGGCCACAAACAAUACCUAGCAUUGGUACGAGGAGAAUGGAAUCGAGAAGAAUCUAGCGUGCUCGUCGACAAACCACUGCGAGUCAAAGGAACGAUCAAGGAUGCAAUGACCAAGUUUACACUUUUGGCCACUACCAAAGGCAGGGAAGAUGAUCGGUGUUCCUUGCUCUUGUGUGAGCCCUUGACUGGUAGAACGCAUCAAAUUCGGCGGCAUGCCUUUGAUAUUGGGCACCCCAUUAUUGGUGAUUCACAGCAUGGUAGCUCUCGUUGCAAUCGGUACUGGAGGGAGAAUAAAGAAUGGAAUCGGUUGGCAUUGCAUUGUUGGAAGCUGGACUUUGAGUUUGAUGGAGAACAACGAGAGUGCAUAGCACCCAUCUCUUUCCAAUUAAAGAAAAUAUUGAAUGAGAUGGAACUUUGGGACGAAAUCAUUGCAAUAGAACCUCGCUUGAGUAUGGAGCCAUUUGAUAUUAAAGGUGGGACGCAUGGCCGGCAUUUCCGAAAACGACGAGACGAAGAAGAUAGUGACGAAAUAUAG